AUGGGCAAACAAAAACCAAGCGCAAUUUUAACCAAUGUAACCCAGUGGAUACGGGUAACAGAUGAUACUCCGGUACGGAGUCUUCGCGCGGGUAUAAUGGAUUCCCAAAGAGAUAAGCAAUGUACUCAAUCUUUUGAUGAUAAUGGGUCGAGAGAAAGUGAGGUAUUAACAGCCACCGACACAUCCAACUUGGUUGAUGUAAUGGAGAAAGUUAAUACCAUGAUACUAGAAAAAUUGAGUGCUCUUGUGUCAAAAACAUUGGUAGAAAUUAGGGAUACUAUAAGGGUUUUGGCUCUAGAAAAUAGCAAAUUGACACAGAAGCUGCAAGAAGCCAAUAAAAAGUGUGUAUCUUAUGAACAAGAAAUUAACACUCUAAAAUCUGAGAUGCAGACAAACAAAGAAAGUAAUAUAAGCAGCAUGAAAACCCCUCUGCUCUUCCGUCCAGUUGUAAGUGAGCCAAGGUCCAAGGCUUUCCAGACCCCACCUUCGGGCCGUGAUAAGGUAGAUCAACAUCACGAGACCCCGAAAAUAGAGUUACAGUAA